AGAGGACAGAAGCCCUCAUUGAAUUCGGAGACCCAAGUUUAGGCGCCGAGGGUGCGAUGAGACCAUCUGUUCCUACUUAAGUCGUUGUAGUCGAAACACCGCAAAGCUCGUCAUGACCCCCGGACUCCGUGUCCUGCUCCUUUCGGCGGUCGCGCUGCUGCUCUUUGCGGUCGCCGCCGCCGCCGUGGGUGCCCGUGUGAAGAAGAAGGCAACUCGGACUCGCUCGUGUCUGGACCUACCAGAGGAGAUCCUGGAGCAGAUGUUCGGCCGGCUCUCGGUCGGCGUGCUGAGCGCAUUCCACCACGCCCUGCAACUGGAGCCCCGAGACAGGGUCAACCUGAGCUGCCCCUCCGCGCGUUCGUGGUCGGCGGAGAGCAAGAGCAAACUCCCGGUCAACCUGCUCAGCGUUUCACCCUGGGCCUACAGGAUCUCGUAUGACCCGAGCCGAUACCCUCGUCACAUUCCGGAAGCGUACUGCCUGUGUAAAGGUUGCUUGACCGGACCUCAGCGUCAGGAGAGCCGGCACUAUCGGAGCACUCCUGUCUACGCGCCCUCCGUGAUCCUCAGGAGGUCUGGUUCUUGCGUCGGAGGCCGUCACUCAUACUCGGAGGUGUACGUGUCCAUCGCGGUGGGAUGCACCUGCGUCCCCCUGCUGGACAAGGACCGGGCCCUCCAGAACGCCACCCGACCUCUGGACUCUUUGAGGAUGGCAAAGACCAAAGCUGCACGCUCAUGGGGAUGAAGAUAAGUCAUCUUCUACUUGUUACAUUAGGUACAUUUUAUGUAAAUAAUCAAAUGUUCUGUAUGGCUUAACAAAGGAGCCAAUUAAAUGAGUCAAUCUCUAAA